AUGGACGUACUCCAGGAAAACUUUUCAGUCCUUUGCUAUCUGGGGGUGUGGAAACCACUCAAUUGUUCUGGCGUAGCCUCUUUCUUAUACAAUUUAUACACUCUUCUGAUCGCAGCAAUGUCUCACACGAUGUUGUUCACCCAGAUAUUAGACCUUAUUAUCAGCACCAAGACAGUAAGCGACUUUACGAACAACAUCUUCAUAGUGUCGGCCAUUCUUACUGGAUGCUUGAAAGUAUAUCGGUUCAUACGGAGUCGCAAUACUUUUAUUUAUAUUAUCAAUAGUUUAAAAAGAGGAAUUUUUAAACCUGCGAGUCAAAAUGAAAUUAUGAUCUGGAAUAGUUAUGCAAGAUUAACCAGAGUCGUCACGAUAGCAGCGACAACAUCUCUUAUAAUAGGACUGAUCGUAAUGUCCUACGCACUGUGCUCAUUCAACAUCCCAAGAAAACAAUUACUGUACCAGGCCUGGCUGCCUUACAACUAUACAUCUCGGCCGAUUGUCUACUGGGUGUCAUCGAUGGAGCAGCUUGUUACAGUUUACAUUCUCGCCGGAAUAAACUUUUCAUUCGACCUGAUUUUCUUCGGAACAAUGCUGAACAUUUGCGCGCAAAUAAAAGUUCUGAAGCUUCGAUACAAAGUUGCUUUAUCGCAAUUCUACUCUGUUGAUUCCAACAACAAUGACAUACUCGAGCUGAAGGAUGUCAGCAAGCUCAUUGCCGAGUACACGACAUCACAUGAGUCAAUAAUAAAAUUAUUCAAUACGGCUCACCAUUUAUUUUCUACCAUCGUCACCAUCCAAUACUGCACUAGCUCAGUCGCAUUUUGUACAAGCGCAUUUAAUAUUACAAAAAUGAAAUUUUUCUCUUUUCAUUUCUUCUCGACUGCGCUUUACAUCAACAAUGUUAUGAUUGAGCUGUUCAUACUCUGCGUUUCUUCCAAUGAAGUAACACUUCAGUUUGCAGAUUUAGGCAAAGCAUUUUACGAUUGUCAGUGGUAUGCGAUAAAUAAUGCCAACAAAAAAUCACUUGGAAUAAUGAUGACUAACACCGUAAAGCCAAUUUACUUCACUUGUGGUUAUAUUAUCCAUUUAUCACUCGAUUCUUUUACGAGCGUACUCAAACUUUCUUAUAGUAUUUAUAAUGUCCUUCAGAGUUCAUCAUAA